CUCAGUUUUUCCAGCCAUAGCCAAGGCUUCUGUGUGUUCUUCUCCAUCAUCAUCAUCAGUCUAAGCAAAAAUGUUAAGCUCUAAUAUUCAGAAGCUAAAUUCAACAAAACCCUUCUCUCUUUUGCCACCAAAACCUUCACUUUCUAGCCAUGGAAAAACUUCCUUCCCUACUCAUUAUAAGCAGAAGAAAUGUCUCCCAAAGAGAAACCCAGGCCUCAGCGUGCGAGCUAAUAUCUUUGAUAAGGCCAUAUCAGCUGUUAAACAUCACGCUGAAGCUAUUUCAGUGAAGGCAACUGUUAUUGUUAAACUAACAGUUGGAAAUGCUCUCACUAGUUUUGAUGAGCUCACAGAUAUCCUUGGUAAAAGUAUCCUUUUGGAACUUGUUAGUAACGAGCUUGAUCCCAAAACGGGGAAGGAGAAGGAUACGAUAAAGUCUUAUGCUCAUAUCCAUGUAGGAAUUCAGAAGCCUGGAGAGAUGCAGUUAGAUGCAAAUUUCAAGGUUGCACCUGAUUUUGGUGACGUUGGAGCCAUCCUGUUAGAGAAUGAACAUCACAGUGAAGUGUUCAUACAAAGCGUAGUUCUUGAAGGACUUCCUCAGGGUCCUGUUACUCUUUCUUGUAAUUCAUGGGCUCAUUCCAAAUAUGAUAAUCCCAAAAAGAGAAUUUUCUACGCUGACAAGUCUUACUUACCAGCCGACACACCAGAUGGAUUAAAGAAGUUUAGAGAGGAGGAAUUGGUAAAUCUGCGAGGAAAUGGUCAAGGAGAGAGAAAGAAAUUUGAAAGGAUCUAUGACUACGAUGUAUAUAAUGAUCUUGGAGAUCCAGAUUGCAUAUUAGGAGAGAUUAGAAGGCCUGUUCUUGGUGGCAAAGAACACCCAUAUCCCAGGCGUUGUAGGACAGGACGUCCUCCCACCAAAAAGGAUCCAUUAAGUGAAUCAAGAUGUCUUGCUAUAUAUGUACCAAGGGAUGAGUGUUUUUCUGAAGUGAAGGGAGCUACAUUUGGUAUAAAUUCAUUAAAAUCAGCGUUGCAUGUGUUGGCGCCACUGAUAGAGAAUGUAAUUGUCGAUAUCAAGGAAGGAUUCCCAUACUUUACUGCCAUAGACCAGCUAUUUAAGGAAGGAAUGGAACUGCCCGAAGGCGCUGGGGAUCUUCAGACAAUAUUACCAAGAACUGUCAAAGCCCUUAAGGAUGGUGAAAAUAACGUCUUGCGCUUUGAGCCUCCUGAAUUGUUUGAGAGAGACAAAUUUUCUUGGUUCAGAGAUGAAGAAUUUUCUCGUCAAACUAUUGCCGGCCUCAAUCCAUAUGGCAUACAGUUAGUUACGGAAUGGCCUCUGAGGAGCAAACUUGACCCUAACAUCUAUGGUCCUGCUGAAUCAGCAAUCACAGAGGAAAUAGUCCAAAAAGUAAUAGGAGGAUACAUGACUGUUGAACAGGCUUUUAAGCAGAAGAGGCUAUUUAUAAUUGAUUACCAUGAUUUGCUAUUACCAUAUGUGGCAAAAGUAAGAGAGCUUGAAGACACCACAUUAUAUGGUUCCAGGACUCUGUUCUUCCUUGUGGAUGAUAGCACAUUGAUGCCUGUUGCUAUCGAACUCACUCGCCCAAAAAUCGGUGACAAGCCACAAUGGAAACACGUGUUUACACCAGGCCAUGACGCCACUAGCUGUUGGCUAUGGAGGUUGGCUAAAGCACAUGCCGUUGCUCAUGACUCAGGCAUCCACCAACUUGUAUCUCACUGGCUGAGGUCACAUUGCUGUACAGAGCCAUACAUAAUUGCAGGUAGUAGACAACUCAGUGAAAUGCACCCCAUCUUUAGACUUCUAAAACCUCAUUUCCGAUACACAAUGGAAAUUAAUGCUCUUGCUCGAACUCUGCUCAUCAAUGGAGGUGGAAUCAUUGAAAGAUCAUUCUCUCCUGGCAAGUACUCCAUCGAGCUUAGCUCUGUUGCUUAUGACAAGCUCUGGCGCUUCGAUACACAAGCAUUGCCUGGUGACUUGAUCAGCAGGGGAAUGGCAGUUGAGGAUCCUACAGCAAAGCAUGGCCUGAAGCUAGCAAUUAAAGACUACCCAUUCGCUAAUGAUGGUCUGAUGCUUUGGGAUGCAAUUAAGGAAUGGGUCACUGAUUAUGUGAACCACUACUACCCAGAAGCCAGCCAGAUCAAAUCUGACAGCGAACUUCAAGCAUGGUGGGAAGAAGUUAGAACUGUAGGCCAUGGAGACAAGAGGGAUGAACCAUGGUGGCCUGUCCUGAACAGCAAAGAAAACUUGAUCCAAGUUUUGUCAACCGUAAUUUGGACAACUUCAGGUCAUCAUGCAGCUGUGAACUUCGGCCAAUAUGCGUUUGCUGGGUACUUCCCCAACAGGCCAACCAUUGCUAGAAAGAACAUGCCAACUGAGGAUCCAAUAGAGGAGGACUACGAACGCUUCUUGCAGAAACCAGAAAAAACACUAUUAGAAAUGUUCCCUUCACAGCUGCAAGCAACUUUAGUGAUGGGUACUUUGGAUGUUAUAUCAAGUCAUUCACCUGAUGAGGAGUACAUUGGAGACACUUGGGAACCAUAUUGGGUAGCAGAUCCUACCAUUAAAGUUGCCUAUGAAAAGUUCCAUGCCAAACUGAAGGAGCUUGAAGCUACUAUUGAUGAAAGGAAUCGUGAUCCGAAGAACACAAAUAGAGGUGGAGCUGGAGUUGUUCCCUAUGAACUCUUGAAGCCAUACUCUGAAGCUGGGGUCACAGCAAAGGGUGUUCCAAAUAGCAUUUCAAUCUAAGUUCCUUCUAGUGAGCAAAAAUAAUUGAUAAUUGGCGUAUAUUGUUGAUUAAUAUGUGGUAUUAAGCUCCAUGUUGUAUGAAAUUUGGGUUGUAUCCGUGAAAUAAACUUAUCUGUUGUUGCAUUCUGGUUGGGAAAGUUGAUGUUUCUUAUCAAUUAAUAAAAGAAUAAAAAGUUGUGCA